AUGUGGAACGAUUCGGAAGAGGAUAUCGUCACCAGAGACUUACAUCAAUUAAUAGUCGAUGAAGGAAGUGACGAAGACAGCAAGAUUGAAGAACUCUUGUUUAUAAAGAUAUUAGCGAAAAUUGAAGAACUUCAAAAGAAUACCUCGAAAUCGAUUAAGAAUGGAAACACAAUCAGACCCUGGUAUACUUGGUUUGGGAUGUCUGCUGAUUCUUGCUUCCUUCAUAUGAGGUUUAUUGGCCUUUUUGUCCUUGUUGAUGCUCCUGCUGCAUACCCAAUAAAUGGAUGGACCGGAGUUGCUGCAUUAUCUCAUGUACAGUCUACCAAUAUAAACCCUACCCUUCAUGAAGCUUAUUAUAACUGGGAUAUGACCAUAUGUUAUACAACAAAACUAUAUGGUGGCACAAAGGAAGUUGAGGAAAUAUAG